AUGCCAAAUACGAUUGGGCCAAAGAUCUCCGCCAUUCUCGACUCGAAGAGCCACAAUGAAAGUCAAGAGGGCGGUGGAGAUACUGAAUUACCCUUCAACGAAAAGGACGAAAUAAAGCGGCCCAUAGAAUGGCCGCCAGAACGACAAGACGACAUUCCGAUUAGAAGACCCUACGAAGGCACGAUUCCAAAGUCAAAUUAUGGCAUAAAACAUCUGAGACCACCUAAGCUCAAGUUCUAUGGCCGUAGUGGAAACCAAAAGGUUGGAGAUAAGGUGGCAUUAUCAGGAGUGGAUGCGUUAGGGAAGACUGCCGAAGUCCUUGUCUUGCGAGAUUUAAAGUUCCAGUUGCCCGAAAAGAAAGGAAAGGAAUUUAUCAGCGAAGGCCAGGAACCUGAGAGUAUUGAUAUCUUGGCCAAAAUUCAAAGCGAAAGAGGGAUUGUCUCUUCGGAAGAUAUCAAAGCGAACAUUGACGAGUUUAGACCCGACCAGGAGAAAAUACAGACAUGGAGUGAUUUCAACGACCUAGUGCAAUCUUUGCAAAACAGUUUUACAAUUCCUCAAUUGAGAAAGUACAUUAAGUCGUACCCAGCAGAAAAAAGGAUGAAGAAAGUUCCUCCUCUUGGAGAUGGAAUUCUAGAUUACUCGAAUUCAAUUUGGCGAUCCUCUCCCUGGGUACCAGAAAUCUCUCCAAUCAGCAAGCCAAUUGAUGAUAGCGCUAUUCUGGGAUAUUCUGCCUCAUCCUACAACGAUAAACAAAAUCUUGCAGUCAAAAUUUUGAGGGAAUGCUGGCGAUUGGAGGUUCCGGAGCUUCUUGAGGGGAUAGGUGAAGCAGAAGUGUAUGUUAAAUUAAAGGACCUGGACUUCUUAACAAGUGCGUAA